AAAAUGGUCUCUCAAAAGCCCAAAAUUGUAAUAAUUGGGGCAGGAAUUGCUGGUCUCGCAGCAGCUAAAAAGCUUUAUACAACACAAAACUCAAAUGAACUAUUUGAGCUUUGUGUUGUAGAAGGUGGAAACAGAAUUGGUGGAAGAAUUUUCACUACUGAAUUCUGUGGUGAUAGAAUUGAAAUGGGUGCAACUUGGAUUCAUGGAAUUGAAGGAAAUCCAAUAUACAAAAUAGCUCAAGAAAUCAAUGCAUUUGAAACUGAUAAGCCAUGGGACAGAAUGGGAGGUAAAGUAAUGGAUAAAAAAGUGACUAUAACAGAAGAUGGGCAUGAGGUAAAUUCAUCUUUUGUUAAUCCUAUAGCAAUUUUUUUCAAUAAUCUGUUAAAAUUUUCAUCAGGUGAAGGGGAUUUUGAAGGUGGGGUUGGUAGAAAAAUUCUUGAAAGCUUCAAUCUUGAAAAAAAUGGUGACAUUGAUAAUCUUAGUAUUGGUUCUUAUCUUAGAAAAGGACUUGAAUUUUACUGGGGUUUAAGAAAAGAUCAAGAAAAUGUUGAAAGUUUCAAUCUUGAAAAUGUUGGUAUUGGAAAAGAUCAAAAAAAUGUAGAAAGCUUCAAUCUUGAUGAUGUUGGUACUGAAAAGGAUGAAGAAAAUAUUGAAAGUUUCAAUCUUGAACAUGGUGGUAUUGAAAAAGAUAAAGAAAAAGUUGAAAGCUUCAAUCUUGAAAUUAGUGGUACUGAAAAAGAAGAAGAAAAUGUUGAAGUUCUUGAAAAUUGGAGUAGAAAAUCACUUGAAGAAGGUGUUUUUGCUAUGUUUGAGAAUAUACAUAGGCAUUAUUCAUCAGCUGGUGAUUUGGGUACUUUGGAUUUCAAUGGAGAAAGUGAGUAUUCUAAUUUUCCUGGAGAUGAAAUAACUAUAGCUAAAGGGUAUUCAUCUGUGAUUGAAUCUUUGGCUUCUGUUUUACCACCUGGUUUGAUCCAAUUAGGCCGAAAAGUCGCAAAAAUUGAAUGGCAAUUGGAAAACAGUGAUGGUACUGAGCCAGUGAAGUUGCAUUUUAGUGAUGGAUCAGUUAUGUAUGCUGAUCAUGUCAUUGUUACAGUCUCAUUAGGGGUUCUAAAACAAGGAAUUCGUGAGGACUCGAGUCUUUUUAGUCCUCCACUUCCAAGUUUCAAGACUGAAGCAAUUUCAAGACUUGGUUUUGGUGUUGUUGAUAAGGUGUUCUUGCAACUUAGCCCAACUCAUGAUGAAAACGUUGGCUACGAUGGGAUGAAUUUCCCUAAUAUGAUGAUGGUUUUUCAUCAGCCAGGCUCGAAACUGAGUAACCCGAAAAUCCCCUUGUGGAUAAGGAGGACAACACUUAUACAUCCAGUUUAUCCAGAGUCAAGUGUUAUUGUAUCAUGGUUUGCAGGUAAAGAAGCUUUGAAGGUUGAAACUCUUGAUGAUGAGGAAAUCAUCGACGGGGUUUCAACAACAAUGUCACAGUUUCUAGCAAACACAGAGCAUUUCAAGAACACAAGUGAAAGUGAAAGUUCCAUCAAGUUGACUAAAGUUUUAAAGUGCAAAUGGGGUACUGAUCCAUUGUUCUUGGGAUCAUACACUUAUAUAGCUGUUGGAUCAAGCGGGGAUGAUUUAGAUGCUAUGGCGGAACCAUUACCAAAAGAGAGCAGUGAUGGUGAAAAUUCGAAGAAUUGUCCUCAACUUCAAGUUUUAUUUGCAGGUGAAGCAACAAGAAGACAUCACUAUUCAACAACUCAUGGUGCUUAUCUUACUGGUCUUAGAGAAGCCAAUAGGCUUCUUGAGCAUUUUCAAUGUGUUGAUGUCUGAAAAAGAGAUUGUUUUUCAUUGUUUGUUUGUUUGUCCGUCUUGUUAUUGUUUUUGAUGUUCAUUUGGAAUUGUGUUGUUUGUUAUACUUUCUGUGUAUGAUGGGAAUUAGAGAAAGUAAAGGGAGUUAAAGAAGCUUUUCAUUUUGUAUUGUUUUCAAUUUGUUGGUGAUGAGGAGUAAACACUUUUCCUUUCCUUUGUAUGUUUUGAUGGUUCUUGCUUUUACUCUCCUUAACUUUAUUGACAAAUG